UUUCUUUUAGAUAAUGUUGAAUUAUCCAAGGCACUUGUUGAUGUAUUUGGAAUGAUGGAAGGAAUGGGGGGACCAGAUGGAAGUCCUCCUUUUCUUGGAAAUAAAUCUGUUUUAACAUCGUUGGAGACCGUUGUGUCAACUCUUGGACCUUUUGUGUGUUCACUGCAGAAAGCAAGUUCAAGAGAAUUAGACAACAUUGCAUCUAUCAUUGGUGGAAUGCUUGGUGGGUUGAUCGGAAACAUGGUGGCCAUGCAACAAUCAUCAAUACCAGCCGAUCUACGGCCCAUGUUAUCAGGUAUGGGGGGUGUGGCUGGUGCAAUCGGUGGACUCACAGGAAGUGACAUGGGCAACAUGAACAACUUGAGCAGCAGUUUGCAUUUAGUUUCUGGUGUGAUGUCUAAUAUGGGUGAUCUUAAGGGGUUGGUGGACGGCUCAUUUGCUCCUCCCGGUGGUGCAGAAGGUAUCGGGCAUUAGCCAUGUAGUUUAUAAAUAUUUAACCAAUAAGAGUAUGCUGCAUUUAACAUUUACUUUUUUUCCAACUCAUCAUGUUCCAAAAAGAUAUAUUUUUUGCUAAUGACUUAGCCUUUAUUUGAUUGCACUCCUCACCAGAGGGUGCGAUCCUACCACAGUACCACAAGUCCACAAGUUACAAAAUUGUUAGUGGUGUGGUUAUUA